CACUUUGAUUUCAGUAUACAGUUGUUUAAACGCGUUACGUGCAUUCGGAAAAUUGUUUUCCACGACGAAUUUACUACCGCAAUAGUUCGACGUAGGUACAUUGCGAUGCAAUUUCUUUAAACUCUAGUCUCAUUGUACUUUUGAAAGAAUACAUAAGUAAAUAGAAGACGUCAGUAUGUUUAUUCAGCUGUAUCUGCGUUAUUCAUAGAAAAUUAUACGAGGAUAGAGAGACAUUUUUAAACCUCGUUUGAAAUUAUCAUUUUAAAUUAAAUUACUUGAUGAUGAACAUUACGGAAGGAGAAAUAGUGCGUCCGCGAGUUGUAAAUUAGUUAAGUUACCGAGCGCAUGUGAAUAGUGUAAACAAUGUAUUAUAUAAUAAAUAAUAAUAUAGUUUUAAGAGCCUUGGCUCUAUGUGUAAUUGUGAACUGUGCAAAUGCGAUCGCGUGUCGUCAACACGAAUCGAGCACUUUUGUUCGAUGGUCGGGCAUGACCCCAGACAAAGCCAGGCCGGUGUUCAUGUAUUCUGCAAGUGGAGACGAAGAGUCCCUCACCGGGGCCUGCUUGGCGAGAUGCAGGGACCUUGAGGACUGUGCGUCCGUCAUUGUGACGUUCACGAAGGGCAAUUGCCAGGGCCUCGCCGCGUCACCUGUCUCUCAAUUGAGAGCGGACAAUGACGCUGCAUACUUCACCAAAGUUUGUUUAAAAUUACCUACUGGCUGUAGUAAAAGAUGGUGGGCCUUAGAAAGCACUCCAGGAUACUACCUUAACUCAGAAGGCUCAAAUGUAAAAGUACUUCUCAAUGCGACCGUACAAGACUGCUAUGAUGCGCUUUUUUCUUCAAAUGAGAAAUUAUACAGGUCAGCGCAGUGGAUAGAUCCACACAGCCCAUUAGACACGUUUGUUGUGUCUGACAAAGCUAGAGGAAACUGUAUCCUGAAUGGAGAGAAUAAGUUCACUGAACCCGAGUCCUACCGCGUGUCAAACUACUAUACUUUUUACAUAGAAAAUGAAUGUGGACAUGACUAUCCGAAAAAAAUAGAUAGAUGUUCCUACGAAGAGUACAAUAACCAGACGCUAAAGAGGACAGAUUUAAGCAUAAAAAACGCCACAAAAGAUGAGUGUAAAACAGCUUGCGAGAAUGAGGACCGUUUCAUAUGCCGUGGCUUUUCCUUUAUCUCGACGGCAUCCCGAGGUCUCUGUGAUCUGCACAGCGAGGACCUCAUUACAACUGGGUCUUGGCUCUUGCGUCGAGUGUCCUCUGCUACUUAUUACCGUCGUGUGAUUUGUCUUAACAUAACGGUGGAUUGUGAAGGUCCCAAUCUUGUAGUAACAUAUCGUCCACGCGGCGCAUUCAAAGGCAGAAUGUAUGUACCAGGAAAUGGUGAGAAGUGCGGUGCGCAAGCCUUCGCUGGUACUGUGAAACUAUCGCUACCAUUACAUGGAGAUUGCGAUGUCAACUUUGCGUAUGCGAUCACGAAAACACCUAAUGGGGUUGUCAAUAGGACAAUGGCGUACGUAGUGCUCAUGAUUCAGAACAAUCCCAUCAUACAGACAGCUGGGGACCGCUGGGUGCGGGUGGGAUGUUCACCAGAUGGUGGUGCUCGCAGUUACGCCAAGGUUGACGCUACUGUUUCUGUUCAUGAUACUAGUAGGCCAUCAUUAAUGAGUGAAUCAAGUGCGGAAGCUGGUGCGAGUGCCGUGUUCGGUGCUGGAGCGGCGCCGCUCAGCAUGUACGUGGUGAGGACGGUCACAGACGGCGGUACUAAUGCGGUCUCUUUGGGUGAACCUCUGGAGCUUCGCAUUGAGACUUCUGAUGAUACCGAAAUAGAAGCUUAUCACUUGGUCGCAUCGUCAAGGAUGGGAGAUAGCUCUGUAUUACUUCUAGAUAGUAGAGGUUGCCCAACGGGACAGGUAGACUUUCCAUCGUUUACGCGAUCGUACGUGGGCAACACGCAGCGGCUAUCAGCCCGUUUCAAAGCCUUCCGCUUCCCAAACUCACACGUCGUGAGGUUCGCCAUUAUGGUCCGAUUCUGCGAAAACAAAUGUGCUCCGGUAAAUUGUGGUAUAAGAAGCUCUCGGCAGACCAAUUCCACGUUUGAUCAAACUGAUAGCGCGUUUGCUGCGACCGUCAGACAAGAAACAGCAUGGAACCCUAAUCUAGUGGCGCAGGGCGGGUCGUCAGCGCUGUGCGCGGGCGGCGCGGGGCGGGUGCCGCUCGAGCUCGAGAUGGUCGUCGGCGCAAGGGACAUCCUCUCCGCUGACACGCUUGUGAGAGCUGACCACCGGUCCUCUUUAGCUGAAGAUACGAAAGUAGGUGACGGCGCAAUGGUGUGCGUGCACGAAUUGCUGUUGGUAGCUCUGGUGCUGGCGUGGCUCGCUGUGCAAGUCCUGCUCUUGUUGGGCUGCUGUGUGCUUGUCAAAAGGUAUAGGAAUCUAGCUGAAAUGAACAUGCAGAAGGACUAUCAUUCGUUUGACAAUAUCGGCUUUGACAACGUGUCGACUCACCGCCGCGUGCAUUGGCCGGAUCAGAAUAUCGAUAUAUUGCAUGCCACAUGAUUGAUGAUUAGAUUAAAUAAGAAACCACCAAUAAUAGUAA